AUGAACAUAUGUAAAUGUGCCAUUGCAAGCUUCUUCGAAUGGGACAAGCUUGACCGCGCUGUUGGAGGCACCCAACAAGCUUUAGGCACUAAACUCCAUCAACAUACACAUAAAGCUAUAGCGAAGCGCCAACCUGCCCUCAUGACCGCCAUCCAAAAAUUCAACACCUACUGUGAACAGUUAGAGUUCCUAUAUGACCCGAGUUGGGGGAUUCCGCUGCCUGCCCCUCUUCCAACAAAACUUACGGAACUACGCAGUGACCCCAGGUUGAUGGAAGAUGUAUGGAUUACACCAUCAGUAGGAGAAGUUCCCCAAUGGUUGGAGGACUCAAAUGUCAGGGAUGGUAUACGUGCACUUUUAAAGUGGGAUCAAUGUGAAGAAGAGCAGAUACGCCUCAGUAUAGAGGCUGAUAAUCUCUGUCUUUUCUUCAGUGAUGAGCUGUCAGCGCUUGAACUCGCUCUUCGGUUGCCAGACAGGGACCAAGCCAACAAAGCACUGGAUAUUGCUACUACCCUCUCGGGAGCCUCCCGCAGCACAACACUUCUUUCUAUCAAUGCUGAAUCACUUACAGCGCCAGAUCCUGAAGGUGGGGAUGAAUUCCCUGUUGCUGAUCCUGACCAUCCCAUGGCUAUUAAUUCUGAACAAGCAGCACUUGCAGACGUUCUAGAGGGUCAAAUGGGCGUGCUGGAGUUGGGUGAUGAAGAUGAUGAUAAUGACUCAACAGAUUAUGCGCGUGGAGCUAAUGUCAUUAUUCAUUGGGAUCUUCCUGAGAUAUUUGACCCUAAGGAUAUCGGCUUCCUUAGUUCUCCCACAGCACGCCUGAAUGAUGUGUGCAUCAACAGCUGCACUAUACUUCUCUGGCAUUCUCAACUCACGACAUCAGGUGCACAAUGUGCAAUUCUCUCAACCCACAAUCUUCCUCGAAUUCAUUACAAUGUGCCGGACGAUGUCAUCUGGCGCAAUUCAUCAUGGGUUUGUUAUUGGGAAAAGGACAUCUGGGUGCUUCCCAUUCAUCAUCCGUCGGGCAUUGGGCACUGGGUGCUAUGUGUCAUCUGGCUGUCCAACAAAGAACUUCAUCUUUUUGAUAGCCUUGGUAAUAGGCAGCCUUGGCAAAAUGAUGUUAAAGUGGGUUCAAUUUUCGUACUUUGCAUUUGA